ACAAGCCUAAAUUAGGAUGAGCCUAAAUUAGGAUGAGCCUAUAUUAGGAGCUCUGUCAGCAGCAGCUGCCCCUGUUAGGGCUCAGAUCUUCCUCCUUUUCUUCCUCUUUCUCCUCCUCGAAGAUGCACCCAUGCGACAGCAGUUCUCGCCCCUUCAAGCAGAGGAAAAGCCUCGCCACCAGGAUGCACGAGGUGACCGAGAUCCGCAUCAAAUACCCCAACAAGAUCCCGGUGGUUGUGGAGCGCUACCAGAAGGAGAAGACCUUGCCCCCCUUGAGCAGGACCAAGUUCCUGGUGGCCCAGGACCUGCCGCUGUCCCAGUUUGCCGUCACCCUGCGGACGCGGCUCUGUUUGGCCUCCUCCCAGACCUUCUACCUGCUGGUGAACAACAAAGGGCUGCCCAACAUGGCCGUGACCAUGCAGGAGCUGUAUCAGGACAACAAGGACGAGGACGGCUUUCUCUACCUGACUUAUGCCUCCCAGGAGAUGUUCGGCGCCUCUUCCUCCUGCCAACCGGCGGCCGCUUGACCGCGAAACCCACCGUGUCCUCAUGGCCGCUCGUCCCCGGGCUCAGACACAGGUGAGGCUGGGCAUGGAUCUCACUAAACUCGGCUUAAAACAUACAGCACAACCUCAUCUUCCCCAUGGCUGCAGUUUGACGGGCUCAGCUUUGUAACGGCCUGAAAAACUCCGCUCGACGCCUCCUUAAUCUUGUGGCUUCAGUCACAAAUUAUCCUCCCAAGACAGCAGAAGAUGGUGCUGGUUUAUUCUGAGCCACGGGGAGGUUAUUUUUCUCUAAAUGGCUUUACAGCCUGUCUUCCUCGCCUAGAAAACUUAGGCUCCUUCUAAAAGCCUCUCCUAACAGGAUCAGGGAUGGCGAAUUUCAUGGUUUGUGUAGGUUUUUGUUAAGCUGCGUGUCUGUUCUUGCUGCCGCUCCGGCCUCCGUGUUCUUGAGAUGCGGAAUAAAGAAUGAAUCUGA